AGGACGGCUCCCUCUUGCGACCUGACCACCACCACCCCCAAUUCUCAAUCGAAAAGCACAAGGCCGCUGCAGCUCUCGCCGGGGCUAGGGUUUCGUCGAUCGAUCGAUCAGUCGACGCGAGCGGGAGCGAAGAUGAUCGAGGUGGUGCUCAACGACCGCCUGGGGAAGAAGGUGCGCGUCAAGUGCAACGAGGACGACACCAUCGGCGACCUCAAGAAGCUCGUGGCGGCGCAGACCGGGACCAGGGCCGAGAAGAUCCGCAUCCAGAAGUGGUACACCAUCUACAAGGACCACAUCACCCUCGGCGACUACGAGAUCCACGACGGCAUGGGCCUCGAGCUCUACUACAACUAGCCUCAUCACCCCCGCCAUUGCAGGUUCGUCACCUAUCGUUGCCUGUGAUGAGCGUUGGUUGCAUUCCAGUCCCAGUGUCUUCAGAGCUCGAUGUGUGGGCUGAACUCCAGCGAGCUACUAUAUAAGUAGUGCAUUAUUGUACCCAUGAUGAUUAUUGACAGCCUGAACAUACUUUUCCUGUGAUCGACCUGCGAAUCUAAUGUGCUGUUACUGUGAAGUUUAUAAAUAACAUAAACUGUGUUACC